UCUCUAGUUGCGCGUCUUUUCUGUUAUUUGGUGAAAAAAACAUAAUUUACGCGCUUUUAUUGUAUUUUUCCGUGGAGUUUUGGCUAGCCAAACGCGAGUAUGGUCGACGACGACGAUGAGGUGGGACUGCGCAUGGCGGCGGCGCCCGUACGCAAGCCGGACGACGAGACGGCCUUCUUGCAGUACAUCGAGAUGGAAAACUUCAAGUCCUACCGCGGCCACAUAGUUGUGGGCCCACUGAAACAGUUCAACGCGGUCAUCGGGCCAAACGGAUCCGGCAAAUCGAACUUCAUGGACGCCAUCAGCUUCGUGAUGGGCGAGAAGACCAGCAGUUUGCGUGUAAAGCGCUUGAACGACCUGAUUCAUGGGUCCUCCAUUGGCAAGCCAGUGUCCCGCAGCUGCUAUGUGACGGCCAAGUUCGUGCUCAACGGGGAGAAGCACAUGGAUUUCCAGCGGGCUGUCAUCAGUGGUUCCUCGGAGUACCGCAUUAACGGAGAGAGCGUUUCGAGCAGCACGUACCUGAACAAGUUGGAAAAGAUUGGCAUCAAUGUGAAGGCCAAGAAUUUCCUGGUAUUCCAGGGAGCCGUGGAAAAUAUAGCCAUGAAGACGCCUAAGGAACGCACGGCGUUGUUUGAGGAAAUCAGCGGCUCUGGCCUACUCAAGGACGACUACAAUCGACUUAAGCAGGAAAUGAUUGUGGCUGAGGAGGAGACCCAGUUCACCUCAAAAAAGAAGGGCAUUGCGGCAGAACGAAAGGAGGCCAAGCACGAAAAGAUGGAAGCUGAUCGCUACACUCGCCUGCAAAACGAAUAUAAUGAGAAACAAGUGGAGUAUCAACUGUUUCGACUCUUUCACGUGGAGAAGGACAUUCAGAAAUACAUCAGCGACUUGGAGAUCAAGCAGCAGGACGUAAAGGCAGUGGAGCAGCGCAAAGAGGCUGCCGAUGAGGUGCUGCGCGAGAAGAAAAAGGACGCCGGAAAAAUAACUCGGGAUCUGGCCAAGAUCGAGCAGGAGAUACGAGAGUUUGAAACCCAGAUGAACAAACGUCGCCCACUGUACAUCAAGGCCAAGGAAAAGGUUACCCACUGCAAGAAGAAGCUGGCCUCCCUGCAAAAGACUCUUGAGACGGCCCGCGAAGCGGACAAUGCCCACCAGUCGGACAUUCGAAAGCUGGAGAAGCAGCUGGCCGAUGUGGAGGCACUGAAAAAGCGCUUUGAAGACGAAAUCGAGAACGAAUCCCAGCGCCGGGGCAAGAGUGUCAACAUGGAGGAGGGUCUCGUGCAGGAGUACGACCGCCUUAAGCAGGAGGCGGAGGCCACGGCUACCCAGUACCGUUCCGAGCUGGACUCCGUGAACCGGGAGCAAAAGUCCGAGCAGGAUACGCUCGACGGCGAGACCAAUCGCCGUGCCUCCGUGGAGGAAUCCUUCAAGAAACUAACCCUGCAGCGCGAGGAAGCUGUCAAGCGCCGCGACAAGCUGAUGGAUCACAUUAAGUCCUCGCAGGCGGCACUGGAGGAGCAGAAUCGUAUAAAGGACGAGCUCCGACGAGACGUGGGCAGUUCCAAGGAGAAGAUUGCUGAAAAGCAACGCGAGUUGGAGAACGUGCGAGACCAGCUGGGCGAUGCCAAGAGCGAUAAGCACGAGGAUGCACGGCGCAAGAAAAAGCAGGAGGUUGUGGAGCUUUUCAAGAAACAGGUUCCCGGUGUGUACGACCGCAUGAUCAACAUGUGCCAGCCCACACAUAAGCGCUACAACGUAGCAGUCACCAAGGUUCUGGGAAAGUUCAUGGAGGCCAUCAUUGUGGACACUGAGAAGACGGCGCGUCACUGCAUUCAGAUUCUGAAAGAGCAAAUGCUGGAGGUUGAGACCUUUCUGCCCCUCGACUAUCUGCAGGUGAAGCCUUUGAAGGAGCGUCUCCGCAACAUCAGCGAUCCGCGCAAUGUGCGUUUGGUCUUCGAUGUGCUAAAGUUUGAGCCUCAGGAGAUCGAGCGUGCCGUGCUCUUUGCCACCGGUAAUGCCCUCGUCUGCGAGACACCCGAGGAUGCCAUGAAGGUGGCUUAUGAAAUUGACCGGUCGCGUUUCGAUGCUUUGGCCCUGGACGGAACAUUCUAUCAGAAAUCGGGCCUCAUUUCCGGUGGCAGUCAUGAUCUGGCACGCAAAGCCAAGCGCUGGGACGAGAAGCAUAUGGCGCAGCUGAAGAUGCAAAAGGAGCGCCUCAACGAGGAGCUCAAGGAGCUGGUCAAGAAGUCGCGCAAGCAAAGUGAGCUCGCCACCGUCGAGUCGCAGAUUAAGGGCCUGGAGAACCGGCUCAAGUACAGUAUGGUCGACUUGGAGUCGUCGAAGAAGUCGAUCGGACAGUACGAUAGUCAGUUGAUGCAGGUUCAGACCCAAUUGGAUGAUUUUGGGCCCAAAAUCAACGAGAUCGAGCGGCGAAUGCAGAAUCGCGAGGAGCAUAUCCAGGAAAUCAAGGAGAACAUGAACAAUGUGGAGGACAAAGUAUAUGCAGCCUUUUGCCGCCGUUUGGGUGUAAAGAAUAUCCGACAGUAUGAGGAGAGAGAGCUGGUCAUGCAGCAGGAGCGAGCACGUAAGCGGGCCGAGUUCGAACAGCAAAUGGAUUCCAUAAACUCGCAGCUGGACUUCGAGAAGCAGAAAGAUACGCGAAAAAACGUUGAGCGUUGGGAGAGGAGCGUGCAGGACGAGGAGGAUGCAUUGGAGGGGCUCAAAACGGCCGAGGCCCGCUAUCUGAAGGAAAUGGAUGAGGACAAGGAGAAAAUGGAGAAGUUUAAGCAGGAAAAGCAGGCCAAGAAGCAGGCGGUUGACGAUAUGGAGGAGGACAUCUCUAAGGCACGCAAGGAUGUAGCUAACUUGGCCAAAGAAAUCCACAACGUGGGCAGUCAGAUGUCAUCGGUGGAGUCUAAGAUUGAGGCUAAGAAAAACGAACGCCAGAAUAUCUUGCUGCAGGCCAAGACCGACUGCAUCGUGGUGCCUUUGUUGCGCGGAUCGCUGGACGAUGCAGUGCGACAGAGCGACGCGGACAUGACCGGCCCAUCCACGUCAGCCAUGGCAAUGGAGCCCAUCAUUGAGGUGGACUACUCAUCGCUGCCUCGUGAGUUUACUAAGCUCAAGGAUGACUCCGCUUUUAAGAAGGCCAACGAACAAUUGCAAAAGGAUCUGCAAAGUAAGCUGGAUAUCCUCGAGCGCAUACAGACGCCAAAUAUGAAGGCCAUGCAGAAACUCGAUGCCGUCACAGAAAAGGUGCAGUCCACCAACGAGGAGUUCGAGAAUGCCCGACGCAAGGCCAAGAAGGCCAAGGCGGCCUUCGAGAGGGUGAAGAACGAGCGAUCUUCACGCUUCGUUGCCUGCUGUCAGCACAUCUCAGAUGCCAUUGAUGGCAUCUAUAAGAAAUUGGCUCGCAAUGAGGCGGCACAGGCCUAUAUUGGACCCGAUAAUCCCGAGGAGCCCUAUCUGGAUGGCAUCAACUACAAUUGUGUGGCUCCCGGCAAACGUUUCCAGCCGAUGAGCAACUUGAGCGGCGGUGAGAAAACCAUUGCGGCCCUAGCUCUGCUUUUCUCCACUCACAGCUAUCAACCAGCGCCGUUCUUUGUGCUCGACGAGAUAGAUGCCGCGCUGGACAACACAAACAUUGGCAAGGUCGCCUCGUACAUAAGGGAUCACCAAACCAAUCUGCAGACCAUUGUCAUCUCCUUGAAGGAGGAGUUCUAUGGCCAUGCAGAUGCCCUCGUGGGCAUUACGCCAGGGGAAGGCGAUUGUCUUGUAUCAAAUGUUUAUAUAAUCGACCUGACCAUGUUCGAGGACAAGUAAACAACAAAAUGUAGUAUUAAGCAUUAGAUAUAAAAAAAACCGUAUUGCCCCCGCGAUUUCCCAAUAAUAAACCCAGUAAAUGUG